UUCCUUCUUCCCCCCCCCCCCCCCUGCUUUCUCUCUCUAGAAAUUACUGUCUGAUCUCAUCAUCAUUCAUAGUUUUGGGGGAAAAAGGGAAAGACAUGUCGUCUCUCAGUAGGGAGCUCGUGUUUUUAAUACUCCAGUUUCUGGAUGAAGAGAAGUUUAAGGACACAGUUCACAGGUUGGAGCAAGAGUCGGGAUUUUACUUUAAUAUGAGAUACUUUGAAGAAAUGGUUACAAACGGGGAGUGGGAUGAGGCCGAGAAGUACUUAUCUGGAUUUACAAAAGUUGAUGAUAAUCGAUAUUCGAUGAAGAUAUUUUUCGAGUUAAAGAAGCAGAAGUACCUUGAAGCUCUAGAUAAGAAGGAUCGUGCUAAAGCUGUGGAAAUUCUAGUGAAGGACUUGAAAGUGUUUUCGACUUUUAAUGAAGAUCUGUUCAAGGAAAUAACACACCUUUUGACUCUAGAGAACUUUAGAGAGAAUGAGCAAUUAUCAAAAUAUGGAGAUACCAAGUCUGCUAGGAGUAUAAUGCUUGGUGAACUUAAGAAGUUAAUUGAAGCGAAUCCUCUUUUUCGUGAUAAGCUAACCUUUCCAACUCUAAAAAGUUCGAGACUGAGGACACUCAUCAACCAAAGUUUGAACUGGCAACAUCAGCUCUGUAAAAACCCGAAGCAGAACCCUGAUAUAAAAACUCUGUUUCUUGAUCAUACUUGUGGGCAGUCACAGCCAAAUGGUGCACGUGCCCCAUCCCCUGUUACCAAUCAUCUAAUGGGUGUCGGACGAGCCCCAGGCUUUCCACCUUUGGGUGCUCAUGGUCCUUUUCAGGCUGCACCAGCACCUCUCGCUGCCUCUCUUAGUGGUUGGAUGGCAAGUCCAGCUGCGGCUCAUCCGUCAGCUUCUGCUGGACCUAUUGGUUUAAUGCCACCUAAUGCUGCUGCUAUGAUGAAGCGCCCCAGGACUCCUACCGGUAAUCCAGUUGUAGAUUAUCAAACUGCUGACUCUGAACUUGCAUUCAAGAGAACAAGGGCAUUUGGCAUAUCUGAUGAAGUUAAUCAUACCCCUGUAAAUGUCUUACCCAUUGGUUACAGUGGUUCGAAUCAUGGACAAAGCUCAUAUUCAUCUGAAGAUCUACCUAAAUCUGUGGCGAUGACUCUCAAUCAGGGGGCAUUAGUCAAGAGUAUGGAUUUUCACCCCCUGCAGCAAAUUCUGCUUCUUGUUGGAACAAGCGUUGGAGAAACUAUGAUAUGGGACUUAGGUAGCAGGGAGAAGCUUGUUCAAAAGACGUUCAAGCUUUGGGAUCUUGGUGCUUGUUCCAAUUCCCUGCAGGCAUCUUUGAACAAUGAUUACUCUGCAUCGAUUAAUCGUGUAACCUGGAGUCCCGAUGGAACCCUGUUUGGUGUUGCAUACUCGAAGAAUAUUGUGCAGAUAUACUCGUAUCACGGUGGUGAUGAUGUACGAAACCACUUGGAGAUUGAGGCUCACGGUGGCAGUGUUAAUGACCUUGCUUUUGCUAACCCGAACAAAAUACUUGCCAUUGUAACUUGUGGAGAUGAUAGGUUGAUAAAGGUAUGGGAUGCAGUUACAGGGAAUAAGCAGCAUCAAUUUGAAGGUCAUGAAGCACCUGUAUAUUCUGUAUGCCCCCAUUAUAAGGAAAAUAUUCAGUUUAUAUUUUCAACAUCAACUGAUGGGAAGAUAAAGGCAUGGCUGUAUGACAACAUGGGCCCAAGAGUUGACUAUAACGCACCAGGUCAUUCACCCACUACAAUGGCAUAUAGUACUGAUGGAACACGGUUAUUCUCAUGUGGGACAAAUAAAGUAGGAGAAUCUUUCAUUGUGGAAUGGAAUGAAAGUGAAGGUGCUGUGAAGCGUAGUUAUAAUGGUCUGGGGAAGCGAGCUGUUGGAGUUGUUCAGUUUGAUACUACAAAAAACCGUUUCAUUGCUGCUGGCGAUGAGUGUUUGGUUAAGUAUUGGGAUAUGGACAGCGAGAACGUGUUGUCAUUUACUGAUGCUGAUGGUGGUUUACCGUCUUCUCCUUGUGUAAGAUUCAACAAAGAAGGGAUGUUGUUGGCUGUUGCUACAGCUGAUAACGGAAUCAAGAUUAUAGCAAAUCCAGAUGGGGUUAGGCUUCUAAGAACUUUGGAGAAUCGUUCUUUUGAUGCCUCACGAGUUGCAUCUUCAUCUCUGAAGGUAGGAGAAUCUGUACAGACUUCCGUAAUGACCACGUUUGGUGCUUCUAAUGCAUCGGGUGGACCAAGCAUCAUGGAUAGAGUUGCUGCAAUGCCUUCUAUAGGGAUGAUGAAUGUCGAAAACCGGAAUUUGCUAGAUAGACCUAGAACGGGAGAGGAGAAUAUUGACAAAUCUAGAAUCUGGAAAGUGGCAGAAUUAUCUGAACCAUCACAGUGUCGCUCCUCAAGGCUUCCUGAUAGCACUGCUUCUGCAAUGCGGGUCACAAGAUUAGUUUACACUAAUUCAGGAGUUGCAGUCUUAGCUCUAGCAGCCAAUGCUGUUCAUAAACUUUGGAAAUGGCAGAAAAAUGAUCGUAAUUCUACAGGGAAGGCUACUGCUAGUAUUCCACCUCAGUUAUGGCAGCCAAAUAGUGGUAUAUUGAUGACUAAUGAUGUCAGUGAUACAAACCCUGAGGAUGCCAUUGCAUGCUUUGCACUAUCAAAGAACGACUCUUAUGUUAUGUCUGCUUCUGGAGGAAAGAUAUCUUUGUUUAAUAUGAUGACUUUUAAGACAAUGACUACAUUCAUGCCACCUCCGCCUGCUGCAACAUUUUUGGGGUUCCAUCCUCAAGAUAACAACAUUAUUGCCAUAGGAAUGGAUGACUCGUCCAUCCAAAUAUACAACGUGCGGGUCGAUGAGGUCAAAACAAAGCUUAAAGGCCAUCAUAAACGAAUAACAGGGCUUGCAUUCUCUACUGUUCUUAAUAUUCUAGUAUCUUCUGGUGCUGACUCUCAGUUGUGUGUGUGGAAUAUGGAUGGAUGGGAGAAACAAACAAGUAAACAAUUACAAGUUCCUGGGAGACUAGCUGCUGCUCCCUUUGCUGAUACUCGUGUACAAUUUCACCAAGAUCAGACACAUUUGCUAGUGGUUCAUGAAACACAGAUAGCCCUCUUCGAAGCACCUAAACUGGAAUGCCUGAAGCAGUGGGGCCCUCGAGAGGCAAGUGGUGCGAUCACACAUGCUACUUAUUCAUGUGAUAGCCAAUCAAUCUAUGUCACUUUUGAGGAUGGUAGUAUCGAUAUUCUUACAUCAUCAACACUGAGAUUGCGUUGUCGGAUCAGUUCUUCUGCAUAUCUUCCUUCAAAUCCAACUUCUAGGGUGUAUCCGCUUGUGGUUGCUGCACAUCCAUCUGAACCAAAUCAGUUUGCUUUGGGACUUACAGAUGGUGGUGUGUGUGUGAUUGAACCACUUGAGUCAGAAGGAAAAUGGGGCAGUUCACCCCUAGUGGUUGAAAGUGGUGCGGGGCCAAGUGCUACUACCGCAGUUGCUCCAAAUACAAGUGAUCAAGCUCAGAGGUAGAGCUAACUUUUAGAGCAAGAUGCAAGAUGUAGGUAGGUGGUAAUACCUGAAACAUAGCGUUUUAGAUUUGAGAUUAGAGGCAACUUAAGAUCUUUAUCGAUGUGGCUAUAUUACCUUUAGAAUCAAUAGCAGGAAGAAGAGUUUUGGUUCAUUGUGUAAAUUUUGUGCAGAACAAGCAAAAGGGAAGGUUUUGAGGAAAAUGUGAAUGCUCAAGUUUAAUGUGAUCAUCCUGUCCUUUAAA